GGUGUGCUGAGUCGGAAGUUGGCCAUACGAAGCAGAAAGAGAGGCAGCGAUACCUCGAACCGCACUCGGAUCAGCAUUAUGGCUGCGUGCGGACCUUUGCUGAUUCUCCUGGUGGUCGUUUUCCUGCAAGGGGGAAACUGCCAGCGUGCCUGCUACAGUAGAAGGUACUGGGUUAUCGAGGAAUGUUGGUCUACGGAAGUGUCAGUACAAUGGCAUCCUGUACAAGAAGAACACGGUGGUAGAGAUUCUCCCCGAAGCCUGUGCGUGGCUGGUGUGCAAGAUGAAGCGCAAGAAAGCCAAACUGAUCCUGGAACCCGUCGAAGGAUGCACGUGCUCUCGCUCCCUUUCAAGGAUUCCGAAGAUGGAAUCUGAAGGCAGAGCCGUAGAAUUCGAUGCCUUCUACGACACAGACGCAAAGGCGGCAGGGAAGUGCUGGUUCAACAGGAGGUGGAGCGUUAACAGCGUCGUCGCCAUUCUGGAGGACCACUGCAUCGAGAUCGCGUGUGUUUACGAUGAGGUCGCCGCGCGGGCGGUGCUGCAGGCGCGAUUCCUCCCUGGCUGCGAGUGUGGCGAGCGUACAACCGCACUAGCAACCGAAACCUACACCAACCCGCCCACCGAAAACCUCAACAGCCCGCCCACCGAACCCCCAUCGACACCCGCAGCUUGUGACUACGCCCAAUUCUCCGCCGAACACUCGAUGCUGUUACGUCCCAACCUCGAGUGUAACGCCCACAGGACCGGGGUUUCGGAGGCGGAGAGACAGGAGAUCCUGGAAGUCCAUAAUACCCUAAGGGCGAAGGUGGCUCGCGGAGAGGAGGGCGAAGGAGACGCAGGUCCUCAGCCUUCAGGAGCCGACAUCAGGGAGCUGGUGUGGAAUGACGAACUCGCGCAGGUGGCUCAGGCGUGGGCGGAGCAAUGCAAAGGCGGCCACGACGGAUACGCCAAGAGGAGGAUCUGUUCCCGAAGUUACGCAGUCGGUCAGAACGUCUUCAGGAAGUGGAGUCAAAAUCCCGAUUCCGUAUGGACCGAAGCUAUCCAUGCGUGGUAUAAAGAGGUCGCCAACAUGCCUAAUACCUUCGUGGACAAAUUCACCGGUAGUCCCCCCUCUGGAAAGAUGAUCGGUCACUAUACACAGCUGGUUUGGGGAGCGACCAACGAAAUCGGAUGCGGCGCCGUAGAGUUUUCGAGCGUCAAAAGCAGUCACACGUAUUCGGAGAGUAAAAUUUACGUGUGCAACUACGGCAGGAACGGCAACAGCAUUAACUCCCCUGUCUACACUAGAGGUCCUACGGCAUCGCAGUGUAGCGCAGGAACCUCCUCUCGGUAUCCAGGACUCUGCUUGUAGGAAGGGAAUCUGUAAAUUUACGUAAAAUGAAUAAGUUUCUGAUGGAUUUGGUUUCAACUUUUUUUUUAUUGAAAUGGAUUAGAUGAUAGUGUGUAUAUUUGUGAUGGCAUGUGAAGUUUUUUAAUUAUUUAUUAUUAUUUUGAUACUAUUUCAUAAUGAGGAUAGUGGAAAAAAUGAUAAUGGUAAUGAUGAUGAUUUAAUUAUUAUUUAUUGUCAUUAUUAUCAUUAUCGUUAUCAUCGUUAUUUUUAUUAUUAUCG